GUAUGAACAACCCAAGUGUGAUAACGGUGCCAGAGCUCACCCAGCUAAAACAAAGGAUUUAUACAAAGGACGCCAGCUGCAAGGUUGUCCUGGGGCCAAGAAGAAUGAGUUCCUGACUAGUGUUUUGGAUGCAUUGUCCACGGAUAUGGUGCACGCAGUCUCUGAUCCGUCGUUGUCUUCUAGCCGGGUUUCAGAGCCUGAUCCGAAUCAUACUCUGGAAGAGAGAGUGGUCCAUUGGUAUUUCAAACAGCUAGAUAAAAAUUCCAGUGGUGACAUUGGCAAGAAAGAAAUCAAGCCAUUUAAGAGAUUCCUAAGAAAGAAAUCAAAACCCAAAAAAUGCGUGAAGAAGUUUGUGGAAUACUGUGAUGUGAACAACGAUAAAUCCUUAUCAGUUGAAGAAUUAAUGGGCUGCUUGGGAGUAACAAAAGAAGAAGGUAAAGCAGAAACAAAGAAACGCCAUACCCCGAAAACCAACACUGAGAGCACUUCAUCCAGCAGGCAGCAAGUUUCUAAGAAGCAAGGGUGAACAGCUUACCGAUCCAAGGCAGAUCUCUGACAUGUGGGAGAUUUCCUCACCAAAAGGCAAUAAAAACAACUGUAGUAUUUGCACUUUGUACUUAAAAAUGUAAAUUCACUUUGUAGAAAUGAAAUAUUUAAGCAGACUUUUUUUUUAAUCUGUGAAACUGUAAUGGCUAGUUUUGAAAAAUUAUCACAUACAAUGUAUGUGUAUUCUUCUGUUGUCUGAAAUAUGUAAAACGUGUUGGAGAUGUAAAAGUUUGCAUUUAAACCAUUUUUUUUUUUAAAAUAGCUUUUUGGCAAACAGUAGCACAGAAACCUAUGUGCUUUGGUUUCAAUAGUAUGCCUUGUUUUUCUUAACCAAUACUGUCUUUUAAGUAGAGUUAUGCUGAAAAGUCUACUGUAUUCUCAAUUUUGUCCAAGCCGUGUUGGAUGUUUCAGGUUUGCGGGACUGAGAGAAGUGUGUAAAUUGCUGUUGACUAGUUUAUGCAGUUUUUGACUAAACGGAUUUUUCAUUGGUG